AUGGUGGAAUUCCUGGAAGUGAAAUGGGCAAAAUUUCCAGGGAGGGAGUUCCUCUCUGGAAUGGGAUGUUGCUGCAGCCUGCCACGAGCUUUGCUCCUGGACAGCUUCCAGCACCCUGCCUGUGCCAGCUACAGCAGGCAGAGGUACUACCACGAUGGUGGAGGGGAAGGAUCAACCAAUGUGGUUUACCAAGCCCAUCACGUCAGCAGGAGUAAGAGAGGACAGGUCGUUGGUACCAGAGGUGGAUUUCGAGGCUGCACAGUUUGGCUAACAGGCCUUUCUGGAGCUGGCAAGACAACCAUUGGCUUUGCUCUGGAAGAGUACUUGGUCUCUCAUGGCAUCCCUUGCUAUUCCCUGGAUGGUGAUAAUGUGCGUCAUGGCUUAAAUAAAAACCUGGGUUUCUCAGCUGGGGACCGUGAGGAGAACAUCCGCCGCAUUGCAGAGGUGGCCAGGCUGUUUGCUGAUGCCGGGCUCGUCUGCAUAACUAGUUUCAUUUCUCCGUUUGCAAAGGAUCGUCAGAAUGCACGGAAAAUUCAUGAAGCAGCUGGACUUCCUUUCUUUGAAAUCUUUGUAGAUGCCCCUCUGAAUAUUUGUGAAAGCAGAGACGUGAAGGGUCUGUACAAAAAGGCAAGAGCUGGAGAGAUCAAAGGAUUCACAGGGAUUGACUCAGAGUAUGAGAAGCCUGAAUCUCCUGAACUAGUGUUGAAAACGAACAUUGCGUCAGUGUCUGAAUGUAUUCAGCAGGUUGUGGAGCUCCUCCAAACACAAAACAUCGUGCCCCACAGCUCAGUUAAGGACGUUCUUGAGCUCUUUGUGCCUGAAAAUAAACUCAAUACUAUGCAAGCUGAAGCGGAGAUGCUGCCAUCUGUAGAGAUCACUAAGCUGGAUCUGCAGUGGGUGCAAGUGCUGAGCGAAGGCUGGGCCACUCCGCUGACCGGCUUCAUGCGCGAGGCAGAGUACUUGCAAGUGAUCCAUUUUGGCACCCUGCUGAAUGGAAGGAAUCGCUCUGUAGCUGACGGUGUUGUCAACCUGAGCAUCCCCAUCGUGCUGCCAAUCUCUGUGGAGGACAAGGAGCGGCUGGAGGGCUGUGAGGCGCUGGCACUAAGCUACCUGGGGCGGAGGGUGGCGGUCCUGAAGCACCCCGAGUACUUUGAGCACAGGAAGGAGGAGCGCUGCGCUCGCGUCUGGGGUACCACCUGCGUAAAACACCCGCACGUCAAAAUGGUGAUGGAGAGUGGAGACUGGCUGGUUGGUGGAGACCUCCUUGUGCUGGAGAAGAUCAAAUGGAAUGAUGGGCUGGACCAGUACCGCCUGACACCGCUCGCUCUCAAGCAGAAGUUCAUGGAAAUGAAUGCUGAUGCUGUCUUUGCAUUUCAGCUGCGCAACCCCGUUCACAAUGGGCAUGCCCUGCUCAUGCAGGACACGCGGCGCCAGCUUUUGGAGAAGGGAUACAAAAACCCCGUGCUUCUCCUACAUCCCCUGGGGGGAUGGACCAAAGAUGACGAUGUCCCGCUGGAGUGGCGGAUGAAGCAGCACGCAGCAGUACUGGAGGAGCAAGUCCUGGACCCCAAGUCAACUAUCGUUGCCAUCUUCCCCUCUCCCAUGCUCUACGCUGGCCCCACAGAGGUGCAGUGGCACUGCCGAGCUCGCAUGAUUGCUGGGGCCAACUUCUACAUUGUGGGGCGCGACCCUGCAGGCAUGCCUCACCCCGAGACCAAGAAGGACCUCUAUGAGCCCACGCAAGGAGGGAAGGUCCUCAGCAUGGCGCCAGGCCUGACCUCGGUGGAGAUCAUCCCCUUCCGGGUGGCUGCUUACAAUAAAGUGAAAAGGGCCAUGGAUUUUUAUGACCCGAAAAGGCACAAUGAUUUUGACUUCAUCUCGGGGACACGCAUGAGGAAGCUUGCUCGUGAAGGUGAAAACCCACCAGAUGGCUUCAUGGCACCCAAAGCUUGGAAAGUCCUAACCGAGUACUACCAGUCACUGGGAAAACAGAAUUAACGCUACUCCUCCUCCCUAGAAAUACUUGUAUUAAGAGUGAGCAAUGAUUGAUUGAUUCCCUACGACACAGAUCAGUUACUUUGCAUUUCCAGUGCUCUGCCUGUAGGAUUUUCCUACUGAGGUCAGAGUGUUUUUUACUAAUCAGA